AUGUUCAGAAACAACUACGACAACGAUGCGGUCACCUUCUCCCCGCAAGGCCGGAUAUUUCAGGUUGAAUAUGCACAAGAAGCCGUCAAACAAGGAUCGGUCGUGGUGGGGCUUGUCAACAAGACGCAUACCGUUCUGGUCGGCUUAAAGCGAAAUGCCGAAGAGCUGUCCUCGUAUCAGAAGAAGAUCAUCGAAAUCGACUCGCACAUGGGCAUUGCCAUCGCCGGUUUGGCAUCAGACGCUCGUGUCCUCUCCAACUUCAUGAAGCAGCAGUGCCUCGGUUCCCGGAUGACUUAUGGACGUGCCAUCCCUGUGGACCGCAUUGUCUCCCAAAUCGCUGACCGCGCCCAGACCAACACCCAGCACUACGGUAAGCGGCCAUAUGGUGUGGGAUUGCUUGUUGCUGGUGUUGAUGAAGCUGGGCCUCAUUUGUUCGAGUUCCAGCCUUCGGGUAUGACACAUGAGAUGGUUGCUUGUGCUAUCGGAGCCCGCUCUCAAAUGGCAAGAACAUACUUGGAGCGACAUCUGGAUGAGUUCGCCAACUGCACCCGGGAUGAGCUGGUCACCCACGGUCUCCGGGCUCUCAAGGAGACCUUGUCUCAGGACAAAGAGCUGACCGUUGAGAACACAUCCGUGGGAGUGGUGGGCCUGGCCGGAGAGGGCGCCAAGGGCAAAUUCGAGAGCUUCAAGCUAUACGAUGGCCAAACAAUCGCACCGCUGCUGGAGACUCUGGAACAGUCGGAGGCGGAGGAGGGUAAAGAGACGAUGGAAGUCGACUCAUAG